AUGGGGAGAAAGACGACCAAGCGAAUCAAAGGCCCAGGAUCCCACAGAGCUCGCCACUCAGGUGGACACCGGGGGACACGCCCGGCCCGCCCCCGGCCCCGGGCCCAGAAGCCCGGCCCUUUCAACCUGCGCUGCCCACAGGCGGGCGUGGAGGCAGCAGGUCCCAGCAGCCGGCGGCCACCAUCGGAGUCCCUUCGGAGAUCAUCCCUCCCUCCAUCUAACCCUAAAGCUGACGCUGCCCCCCGACUUCGCCACAUCCUCUCCGACCUGACACCGCGUCCUCUUCCGCGGUCUUCGCCUUCCUUCGUCCCCGCUGUCCAGCUCAGAAUCGGCUCUUCUUCUUUAGCUCGCAAUCUGCUCUUUUCGCCCCGUGACCCCGUCCACUUCCACCUUCCCACACCGGAACCACCUUCCCCUCUUCCCGGCUUCGGCCACUCUCCAGCCGGCUGGGCUCCACCUCCCGCACCUCUCACGCGCGACCGGCUCACGCGCCUCGGACUCGAGCUCCCCCUGCCGCACGGUCGCGCCAGCCGAGAUUGCAGAUCCAGCAGCGGCGGCGGCGCGGCCCCGCCCCGCCCGGAAACAGCUCCAGCGGCGCCGGCUCUGCGCUCUGAGCGCUCGGCGUGCGCGGCCCCGCCGUCGGUCACGCGCACGUCCGGACCCCACUGCGAGGCCCAGGCUACACGCCUGACCCGCAGGGUUUGCGCGCCUCCUGCUGGCGGGAUGCGGGCGGGUCGCUGUGGCCCUGGGCAGCCUAACAUUCCCGCCUUUGUGGUGAUGGGGGUGAUGAGGUCUUCUGGCUUUUUCCUGCUGGAUAAGGGCAUAGUGGGGUUUAAGGGAAAUGUUCCAAAGGCUGAGUUGAGCCCUGGGAAGAAGCCAGGAAGCAGGCCACAGAAUCACAGGGACAGCAAGCUACAGAAAGAGCCAGUGGUUCCAGGCAUCGUGGAUUUCAAGCUGACCAAUGAGUCAGCGAGGACUCCCAAGAUCCAAAGCCCUAGUACCUACCGCUUUGGCUGCCUCAGCCAUCACUCCUUCUUCUCCCGGCACCACCCUCACCCCCAGCGCGUGACCCACAUUCAAGAUCUCACCGGCAAGCCCGUCUGUGUUGUCCGGGACAAGUUCUUUAUGGCCCCCUCCCCUCUGGCUACAUUAUCACCUCAGUAUCUGAUGGGGAUGCCCACCAUCUCUGCCCCUGUUGGAGACCCACAGUCCAAUCGGGAUCCUCAGCUUUCUUCUGAGGCCUGGAAGAGAGAGUUGAGGGACCUGGCUUCCCGGGUGGUUGUCGUGACCAAGAAGAAUGAGAUGAAGAAUCAAGAGGAAAAGGAGGAGCCACAACGAGAGCAGGGUGCAAAGUACUCGGCUGAGACUGGGAGGAUCAUCCCAGCUUCCACAAGGGCUAUGACCCGCCGUAGCUCCCACCAAAGCCAGCACAGCCACCCUGCAGGCCCAGGCCGGGGAGCCCAGAGCCUCGCUCUGCAGAACCAGGAACUGCUGAUUUUGGAACUGCUCUCACAGAUCUUACAGACAGACUCGCUGAGUGCCAUCCAGUCCUGGCUACUCUCCGCUCCCCAAAAGGAGAAGGACCUGGCACUGGCGCUCCUGCAGACAGCCAUGGCUCAGGUUCUCCCCAAGCCCCUCAUUUCCAUCCCGGCAGAAAAGCUUUUGCUUCAGCUUCAAGAAGUCCAGGAACUAGCCCAGGAAAAGCAGCAGAUGUAUUACAGUCAAUCCCUGAAGAAGAUGAAGACUCCACCUACUCCGGAAAGAGAAAAGCCAGAGAGCAUCGGGACAGCACAAGUUCUUCGGGUACACUCAAGCCAAAAUUCCGAAGAGAAAGCUUCCGGCUCAGAAGCAGAGAGCUGA